CUUUUGUAAUUUUAAUUAAUUACUCUUAUUUCUAAAUAAGAGCAAUCAAAUUGGCUUUUGUAAACGAAUUCAGUAAAAAAUGAUUGAAUAUCUCAGAAGCGCGUUUAAUUCGAAAUUGUUUUUGGUCACCACUGUUUUGUUGUUAAUUUAUAUAUAUUUAAAAAAAUUUGUGUAUUCUUAUUGGAGUAAGCAUCAAGUACCCCAUGAAGACCCCACAGUGAUAAUUGGAACAGUUGACAGGCAAUUGCUAAUGCAAAAAAUUACACUAGGUACUCUUUGCAAAAAUAGUUAUGAAAAAUUCAAAAAUCAUCCAUUUCAUGGAAUGUACAUGUUUUUAACGCCAACAUUAAUGGUGAAUGACCCGGAGCUCAUUAAACUCAUUCUGAUCGUGGUAUAUAGUAAUGAUAAAAAUUCUCCAUUAAGUGGUAAUUUAUUUAAUAUGCGUGGUGAAAAAUGGAAAAGAAUAAGAACAAAAUGUAGCGUAUUUUUUACAUCGAGCAAACUUAAAAAUAUAUUUCCCAUUUUAUCGGAAAUUGCCGAUGAAGCAAUAAAAGUUUCUAAUGAAACUCUAGAGAAUACAGACGUAAUGGAAAUAAAGGAUUUGAUGGAAAGAUACUUUGUCGAUACAAUUUUCAGUAUUGCUUUUGGAGCCAAAGCGGGCACCAUUAGAGAUCCGCAGAAUAUAUUUCGUUACUACGGAAAUUUAUCACAAAUGAUGCGACCUGUGCAUCUGGCGUUAUCAUUUUACGCUCCACAUCUAAUAGACUUCUUUCGAAUUCCUUUCAUUCAUCCUAAAGCUUCAAAAUUCUUGAUAAGACUAUUUGAAGAUAUGAUUGAAAAACGAAGACGAGAAGAGAAAAAAAGAAAUGAUUUUCUGGACGUUUUAAUCGAUUUGAUAGAUAAUGAACAAACCAUAGGAAAUGACAAUGAAGUUACAGUGCUGGAAGCAACGGCACAAGCAUUUGUAUUUUUUAUUGCUGGAUUUGAAACUUCAACUUCGACUGUAAGUUUUGCUCUACACGAACUUGCUGCAAAUCCCGAAAUUCAAGAUAAUUUGCACAAAGAAAUCGAUGAAUUUUUACAAUCAUCCGAAUCUCUUAAUUUUGAAAAUCUGAUGAAUUUGAAGUAUCUCGAUAUGGUGUUUAAUGAAACGCUUCGCAAACAUCCAGUAAUACCUGUUUUAAAUCGAAUUUGCGUAAAGGACUAUCAAAUACCAAAUUGCAAUUACUGCAUACCAAAAGGAAUGAGAAUAAUAAUUCCAGUUUCCGGGAUUCAUCGCGAUUCAAAAUAUUAUCCUGAUCCAGAGAAAUUUGAUCCAACAAGAUUUAAUAAAGAAAAUAGCGCGCCCAGACAUCCUGGAACUUAUUUACCUUUUGGUAUUGGUCCAAGAUAUUGUAUUGGUAAACGUCUCGGAGUUUUUCAAAGUAAACUGAUUUUAUUUGUUUUAUUGACAAACUACAAAUUUUUCACGUGUGAAAAAACUCAACCGUUAAGUUAUAAAAUAAAUCAUUUUUUACAAACACCCAAAUCUGAGGUAUAUUUAAGAAUCGAA